GCUGGUGGCUGACCCCUCACCUCUACAUGACCCCUUCGGACUUUGAUUUCAAUGCGGCUGGGCCUGGCCAAUGGCAGAGGCAAUGCUCUCCUGGUUGCCAUGGAGACCGCUGGGCCGCAGCGCAGGGAGGAGGCGGUGACGUCACUGCGGGAGCAAGUGCAGCGGCCACAGCCUCCUGUUAGCCUGGUCCCAGGGCACCCAGGCCGGCUUGGGGGCCAGCUACAAGGAACCAGCCAGGCCUCCAUCCGCGACGCCCCGGUGUCAGUGGCCCCUGGGAGCUCGGCCCCAGAUCUGCUGAGGCCUUCGGAGACCACCGCCAAGAAAGCACGUGCAGCAUCUCCAGACCCUGCCUGGCGCGGCCUUGCGCAGGGGCCAAGAGCCAGCCGGCAGACACCGGCCUCUGCUUCCCGCGGCCUGAGCCCCUGGGAAUUCCCACGAGGCCUCUCCCGGGGGGUUGUCACCGGAGGGUUGUCACCGGGGACUGAACACCGGGCAGCCCAGCGGGCAGCACCCGGGGCACUCUUGACGGAAGUGGACACACCGGGCCUGGGAGGCCCAUCUCUCGCGCGUGGCCUUUGGGAAGGGAUCGUGGCAUCCUGGAUCGCUUCGCGGACCCCCAAGGCGGCGCUGGCGGGCACCAGCGGGCGUACUGCUGCCUCCGAGAGCUGGGCAAGAUGCUGUUCGGCGUGAAGGACAUCGCGCUGCUGGAGCACGGGUGCCAGGCCCUAGAGGUGGACAGUUACAGGUCCCUGAUGAUCCUGGGGAUCCCGGAGGACUGCAGCCAUGAGGAAUUCGAAGAGAUCAUCAGGGUCCCCCUGAAACCUCUGGGCAAGUUCGAAGUAGCCGGGAAGGCCUUUCUGGAAGAGGACAGGACCAAGGCGGCCAUCGUUAGGCUGAUGGAGGACAUCAACUACUCCGCGAUCCCCAGGGAGAUCCAGGGCAAGGGCGGCAUGUGGAGAGUGGUCUACAUGCCCCGGAAGCAGGACAUUGAGUUCCUGACCAAGCUGAACCUCUUCUUGCAGAGCGAGGGCAGGACGGUGGAGGACGUGGCCCGGGUCCUGAGGCAGGAGCUCUGCCCGACCGGGUCGGGCCCCAGAGAGCUGCCCGCCAGACAGUGCUGUGCGCCCGGGCCCGGGGAGACGCCCCGGGCUGGGGCCGCUGCCGGGCUGGACGGGGCGCCGCCUCUGGACCCCGCGGACAAGGACAGGAAGGCUGGGGACGGUAAGAGGGCCAAGCGGAAGCCGAAGAAAAACCGCCGACGGCACCACGCGUCUGACAAGAAUCUGUGA